AUGCUACAACCGCCGUGGAAGGAGGUAAUGGAGAAGUGCGAGGAUGUAUAUCUGAAAAGCCUCAACCUCGAACCUUUCUCCGAUGAGUCGAUUAGGUUGAUCAACCGUGUGUACGCCGAGUGGCCCGACUGGGUAGCAGAGAAAGUCCGGAUCCGUCAAGAUCCGCUGAGCGAUGAGAUGAUGGCCGCCGCUGCAUCUUUCAGGGAGAAGCUUUCUUCCAUUGAAGCCGCUGUGCGAGACGCGGUCAUUCCCCUGACCGAGGAUGGACUUGCGAGCGGGAGUAUUGCUGAGAAGAAAGAGUCCAAAGCGUUCGUGGGCAAGAAGUACAUCUUCAAGACUGAUAGCUUGGCGCAAAUGUUCAUGUCCGCACUCAUGCUGAGGGCUCUUCUCCUUCUCAUGAUUCGUCAGCUGGAUAAUCUGUAUACUCGUGUGGAUGACGUGGUAUGCGCAGAAUAUAGGAAGGUCAGCGUGCAAAUAUGGAUGUUUGAGACCUACCUACGCGCCAUGGAGCCACUGAUUGCGGUCAACUUCAUGGGAGGCAUCCAUGUCUCGCUAGAUGCAGCCUCGCCGGAGGAGAAGGAGCGUAUCGUGGACUGGGUGAUGGACAUCGACGAGGGCUUACAUACACUUGGGCUUGAAAAGUCUGUAUUGGCGGGUUACAUCCAGAAAUAUACGGAUAUAAUGACGGGGGAGCAGACGAUGCCGAAAUGA